AAAACGUACAAAUACAAAAGAAAUACUGAAGCAACAUUUUCUUUGAAGUAUAAAUAUACGGAAGAAAUACGUAACGCUUUCUUAUUUUUCUUCGUUCUUACCUUAGUUGCCUUUCUGUUCACACUCGCUUUCACUUCCAUUUCCCAAUAGCAAAGACUUUAACCUUUUUAGUUUCUUCUCUUUUUUCUCCUUUUGCACAAUUUAGGGUUUUGAAAUGUGGAUUUACAAUGUCACAAUCUGAAGAGAUUCCUAUUUCCAAUUCUAUUCCCACCGGUUCCGCCCUUCACUUAGGGCUUCAUUCUACCGAUCCGGAUCCGGAUCCGGCUCCUAAUCCCGACGUCUCACCGUCUGAUCUCAAUCACUCGGCUGAGGAAAACGAGCACGGCGAAAGUAAUCUCGAGCAGCAGCUACAGAACCUAGAUUUGAACAAGGAAGAAGGAGAUGAGGAGGAAGAGGCUGAGAGGAAAGAUGACGUAGAGAGACAGAGAGACAAUGAUGCCGGCACUGAUGCCGCCGGAGACAGCGAGGAGGAGGAGGAUGAGAAAAGCGAGAAUGAGAAUGGUAGUGAAAACUUAAAGAUUAAUAAAGUAAGGAAGUCGCAUUAUCCGGUGAGACCGGAAGCAGAGGAUUGCGCUUAUUACAUGAAAACUGGACUUUGCAAAUUUGGAUCUAAUUGCAAGUUUAAUCAUCCUGUUCCAAGAAAGAAUCAGGUUGUUAAGGACAACGUCAAGGAAAAGGAUGAAUCAACAGAAAAACCAAGCCAGACAGAAUGCAAGUACUACCUAAGAACUGGUGGAUGUAAGUUUGGGAAGGCUUGUAGAUACAACCACUCAAGAGCAAAAUCUUCAGUGGGUCCAAUUUUAGAGCUUAACUUUCUAGGGCUGCCUAUCCGACAGGGAGAGAAAGAGUGCCCCUAUUACAUGCGUAAUGGUUCCUGCAAGUAUGGAGCCAACUGCAGGUUUAAUCAUCCUGAUCCUACCGCUGCUAGAGCUUGUGACCCAUCUUCAGGAUAUGGUAAUGGUGGAUCUGUUUCAUCGCAAGCUGCAUCACAAGUGCAUAUGACAUCCUGGUCAUCACCAAGGACAUUGAAUGAGAGUGCUGCCUAUAUGCCAAUUAUGUUUGCACCAACUCAAGGUGUUCCGCCUCCAAAUCCAGAAUGGAAUGGGUAUCAGACGACUGUAUAUCCCCCACCAGAAAGGGGCUUCCAUCCAACUCCAGCGUAUGUCAUGAGCAACCCAUCAACUGAAGCCACUGUCUAUACUCAUCAUCAGCCCCAGAUGGUGGUUGAUGAAUUCCCAGUACGGCCUGGCCAACCCGAGUGCAGUUACUUCAUGAAAACUGGGGACUGUAAGUUUAAAUCUAAUUGCAAAUAUCAUCAUCCAAAAGAUCGAGUUGCAAAGUCAGCCCCAUGUGCUUUCAGUGACAAGGGCUUGCCACUGAGACCUGAUCAAAGCAUCUGCUCACACUAUAGUCGCUAUGGUAUUUGCAAGUUCGGGCCAGCCUGUAAAUUUGACCAUUCAAUACAAGCAGAUCCUUCAACGGUGUCCGGACUAGAUCAGCCUCCAACAUUUAGCAAUUCUGCAGCUACAGAACAAGCUGGAAUUGCCGAAACUGAUGGCACUGAUACAGCAGUCCAGCACUAUGUGUAAAAAGGUUUUUUAUCCCCUAGCUCUUAGAUCUCACAUUAGCAAGGAUUCUAAAUUUUCCUUUUUAAAUUGGAAGUCUUUUCAAGUUUUUUUUUCCCUCGUUCCGUUGCCACAAGCUUUUUAGAUGAUGGCAUUAUAUAUAUUAUACAUAUGAUGUGUUUGUGUUGCUAGUGUUACAAGCUGAAAUCGAAAUCAGGAUAUGUAAAUUAUCUCA